AUGCCCCAACCUCGUUGGGGUCCUACGUUGUUGUACAGACUGUCGGCCAAGGGUGCCAAGUUCCAGGUUACUAAGCAUUUUUGGCGUCAGUGUGACGCGUUUGUUCCUGGAGGUGUGGCUGGUGGCGCUGCCCGAUCGGUUCUCAGGACUAGUCCGCGAACGAUGGCCCCUCAGCCCACUCCCGUGGAGCUGUCUUUGCUUGAGCGCAAGGCUGCGCAGGCAACGGAACCUAAGCGCAAGAUGUCUGAUAGGCGUGUGCGCAGGGCUAGUGCCCGACAUGACCAAGUCCAAGCAGCGGUGCAGCGAGUCUUACCCAAGUCUAAGGGCGAGGUUGAGUCGGCAGUCAAGCGUGCCAUAGAUGGCCCUUCCCCGUACCGAAUUCGGGGCUUUGUUUUAUCUUGA